GGUGGAGGAGGGGAGAAGGAGGAGGGAAGUGAGGAAGGGCUGUGAAACCACAGAACUCCAUCGCACCUUAGUGCUGGAGAAUACAGGAUACCACCGUUUGUUUCUGUUUUGUUGAUUUCAGUUUAAUACGGGGCAAUUGUAGGAUCACUUAGGCCCCCCCCUCCUCAAAUUAUCAGUAUUGGAGAGCAGGUGGCUAAAGAGUUUCCAGUUCCUUGAUUAUUUUCCUGUUAAUUUUGCCUUUGGCAACACAUCAGAAAUGUCUCACAGGCCGUUUGAGAGUCCUCCACCUUAUCGACCAGAUGAAUACAAGCCUUCUAAUUAUGCCCCAAGCAGGGCCAUGUAUGGAGGAGAGAUGCAGUCACAACCUGCCUACUCAUACUACCCAGAAGAUGAAGAGAUUCAGCAUUUCUACAAGUGGAGUUCACCACCGGGAAUCAUUAGGAUUAUGGCCAUCCUUAUUGUUGUCAUGUGUGUUGGCAUCUUUGCUUGCGUUGCUUCCACUCUGCCUUGGGACAUGGAUAUGUCUAGGCAAAAUAUGGGUUAUGGUGGUGGAACUGGCACUGGAGGUGGCUAUGGUGGUUAUGGUGGCUAUGGUUUUGGAGGUUCCCAGAUGGGCAUAGGAUUUGCCUAUGGAGGAAACUACACUGAUCCACGAUCUGCCAAAGGCUUUAUCCUUGCUAUGACUGCUUUUUGCUUUAUUUUUGCCUUGGCAGUAUUUAUAAUGUCUGCUACCAGGACACACAUGUCCACAACAAGAAAAUUCUACUUGAUAGUGCUCAUUAUCAGUGGUAUUCUCGGAGGUAUGAUGUUCAUUGCCUCGAUUGUCUUCACCAUAGGAGUAAACCCAGUUGCUCAAGCCUCUGGAUCAUCCUUUUACAAUCAAAUUGUUAGCAUAUGCAGCCAGUUUUAUACACCAGCUCUCACUGGAGUCUAUAUGGAUCAGUAUCUUUACCAUUACUGUGUGGUGGAACCACAAGAGGCCAUUGCAAUCGUUCUUGGCUUUCUUGUGGUUGUGGCAUUUGCCAUCAUUAUUUUCUUUGGUGUAAAAACAAGAAAAAAGAUCAACCGGUGUGGCAAAAUGAACAUACUAUGGAGGAAAAAUAACUUUGCAGAAGAGGGAGAUCCUCAAGUGGAAGAAUGGGUUAAAAAUGUGUCUUCGCCUGAAGCAGUGCCUGCAAUGUCUGAGUACAGUGGUAAAGUUAAUGGAUCAGUCAUGGAAUACAGAAGUGUAAAUGGUGUUCAGUCCUACCCACCACCCAUACCAGAGGAGGCGUUUCCUGUAAAGAAUGACACUGGCUUGUCACCAAAUGGUUACAGCAGUAGCUCUGAUGGAACCAACAAAAAGAUUUACAAGAAGCAUUUUAGUAGACCCAGAAGAUCAUCCAUUGAUCGCUAUGACACAGAUUAUAACACUGGGGCAGAGUCUGGGGAAGAGCUUGAUGAUGAUGAUAAUGACUGGGACAGGUAUUGAUUACGAGUAACCUCCAAUCCACUUCAAACCAGCAGAGGCAGGAAUAACAAGAAGGAGUUUGACACAGGCCUUCAGGAUUACAAGAGAUGCAAGAGAAUAGAUGAUAUUAUUAAAUCUCUAUCUCAGCUGGACCAAGAAGCUGAUGCACUCCCAGAAGAUAGCCAGGCAUACAGCGUGCUGGGGGAAUACAACAGGCUUAAGGAAAUUAAGGCGGUCAGUGAUUAUCAGAGCAAGAAGAAACGCUGCAAACAACUUAAGAACAAAUUAAACCACAUCAAGAAAAUGGUCAGCGACUAUGAUCUUAACAAAUAAUGGAUUUUGUACAAAGCAUCUCAUCGGUCAUUAAGUUCUGUGUCACCGUAUCGUGCCUUGAAAUUGGGGAGAUUAACUCUUUACAAGUAAAAGGAUUAGAAUGUCAGAUAUGUUCAGCGACUGACCACCUGGGAUCUAAUUUACAUUUUGCUAUUGCAGAAAUGUUAACUUAGUGUUGUAACUUUUGUAUAUAAAAUGUGUACUAAUUUUUUUUUCUUUUUACUUUGUACAUAUAAAAUAACGACUUUUAUAUGCAAUAUAUAUAUAUGGUGUAUGAGAGUGUCCACUUUCUAUUCUUACUCCAUAUCAAAGCAAUAUAUGCUUAAAAGACCAUUCUAGUGCACAAAUCACAUGCUCUAAUUCGUUACACAACCUGUUUAACCUACGCAAGGAGGUAAAUUGUACUGCUCGGGAGCCACAGAGAACUGCUGGUACCGAGUGGAAACUGACCCGGACACAAUUGUGACCCAGCUGCGGAACUGCAUCUGCUUAUUGGGUCAGCAGCAUUUUAUGUUUAGCCUCAGCGUUCUCUGUGGCUCUAGAGCAGUACUUUAACUGUGUGUAACCCAUUGCUGUAAUGAUGUCAUAUUGUUCACCAGAAUAGGCCUUAAAUAUUUCCAUUAGCAUGCUAAUAUAUAUAUAUAUUUGUUAUUACGUUUAACUACAGACAUCUGAUGCAGUUUCUGCUAGUCAUUUUGAAUGUCUAUAUUAGAUUUUUUUUUUUAGGCAAUGCUUUUGAACACUGAAUAUUUUUUUGCAUGACUAAAACAUUCUUGAUUUUGGCCCCAUGUCUUCUAUAGUUAACAUUAUAUAACUUUGGUACUAAAACAAAUGACAUAUUCAGUGUUCCAUAUAACAAUGCUAGCAGAGCAAGGAUAGGUUGUUGCAGCCCUUUUCUUAAACCCACAUUGUGUGCAGUAAUGAGAUACAUACAUACAUACAUACAUACAUACAUACAUACAUACACACACGCACAAUUCCUUUAAAAGAUUAAGUGUUUUGUUGCUCCAAGGUGAACUGUUCACUGUUGCCUUUUUUUUUGUUUUGUAUACAUACCUAGGUAUUAAUAAAAUAUAUAACCCAUUUGAUUAUACAGUGAAAUUACGCAUGCAUACUAUGCUUUUCAUAUGAUUUAUUAUCUAAGAAAAUCUAUCUAUAGAAUAUUUAUUAAUUUUGAGAAACUAUGUACUUUUUUUUUAAUUCUGAUUAGAGUAUUUUUUUGCACCCUGCAGAACUGUUGCUGGAGAUUCUAAUCAAUGUAUUGGCUGCUUGUUUAACCCAUUUACUGCCACUGUCUUGUAGCAGUUAAUGGUUAAAUAUACAGUUUUUAAUUAAUAUGGAUAAACUGGCGUUGCACAUUUUAUAUCCUCUGGUAAGAAUAAAGUGCUACAUAGAGCAGAGAAUUCAGGCCUGAAAAACAAAAAUCUUUGGUAUUAUUACACAAAUGGGGGUAAACUGUAAUUUCUAUGGUAAGGAAUACCCAGUAUUGAAUGUGUGCUGCUGGUCACUGGAUAGAAACAUGCAAAAGUCUAUGCACAGGAGGCCUAUUGAGAUGGAUUUCUGUAGAAAAAUGUGUCCUUGGGAAAUUUUUAAAUGGAACUUAGCAGCAUGUGUUACAUAGUUAUUCAAGGUCUUUCAUUAGUACUGAAGCAAUAUAAAAUAUACUUAUGUCCAUGGUCUUGCAAUACGUUAUUAGCCUCUUUUGUGCAUCAUUUUAUCAUUUGUAAAUAUCCCUUUAAGCAAAUAACUGGUGCACAGUCAUACCUAAUUGCAAACGUUAAGCAACUUAUAUUUUUAAAAUGUAAUUAUUAAGAAGUGUGUGUGUGUAUAAAAUCUGCAAAUGUCUGAGGUUUAGUGCUCAAUUUCACAUACAUUCCUCUGUUAUGUGGAAUGUCCUUCACACCAGGUCCGAGGGACACAGGUGCAAAUCCUUUAUCAGAUUUGCUGGUAUAAAUCAAAUAUCUACAAAAAAUGUAAAUGCACAUUUGUUUGAAAUGUAUUUUUUUUUUUUAAAUAAACUGUUGUUCUGCAAUGUU